AUGAAGACUUCAUAUGCCGCCAUUGUCUCUACGCUCUGCGUUGCAGCCUAUUCCUUCAACCCCCAGCAAGUCCUUGGCUCAGUCGAUGUUCUUAGGACUUCAUAUGAAUGCAACAACAGUGGCACGCCUACGAUCGAGUGUACCGAUUCCUCAACACCCCCAACCUGCGCCUGCGCUUGUUCAAAUGGCAUCACUUUCAACUAG